AUGCCCACCCCAAUCGAUCUUGGACAGUCAACCAAGCUCAACUGCGAAGUCGCAGUCUUCAGUGGCGCCUCCGGUCUCGAGGCUCAGGCCAUGGGCGCCAAACGCAUCGAGCUCAACGCUCCAGGCUCGUACGAUGAAGGCGGCCUUACGCCCCCCGUCAAGGAGCUGACCUCGAUUGCCUCGCAGCUUGAAAUUGCCGUCCGCGUCAUGAUUCGCCCUCGUGGCCCGCCUCGCACUCCCUUCCAGCAAGGAGGACAAGACCAAGAGAAGAAGAAAGCGGAAGAGGAAGAAAAGGACCAGGUCCAAAUCCAAUAUGACCCUCUCCAAGACUUCAUCUACACCGACGCCGAGAUCGCUCUCAUGGUGCAAGCCAUCCACAACUUCAAGGCCACCAGGGUAAUGAACCCCAUCCGCGGCGACGGUUUCGUCUUCGGCAUCCUCAAGCUUCAGACCAAGCCCUCCACUCUCGCCAAGUACCCAGACCUCACCGUCACCAUCGACGAGGAGCGCUGCAAACUCCUCAUCGACGCCGCCCGCCCCUUCCCCUGCGUCUUCCACCGCGCCUUCGACCCCAUCGCCGCCAGCGAGCGCUGGUCAAAGGGCGUCGACAUCCUCGUCCGCUGCGGCUUCGACGGCGUCCUGACCUCGGGCGGUCUCGGCAACGCACACGAGAACCUCGAGAAGCUCGACGCAAUCUGCCACCGCGCCGCCCCCGGCAGCCUGCAGGUCAUCGCCGGCGGCGGCGUCCGCCGCAACAACGUCCACAGAUCCGUGGCCCAGCUCUCCGUCCACGGCACUAAGAGUGUCUGGAUACACACCGCCUCGCUGGCCAACAAGGUCGACAAGGACGGCCGCCGCGUCGAGGAGUUGAAUGGACGUGAACUGACGGGAAUCAUUUCUGUGAUGAACGCCACAAAGCCCGAUUAG